GUGUGACCGUCUCGUGCCCCUUGGUGAAAUGUCGACAAUCCUGAAAUGGUUUGGACGGGAGGAUAAGGAGAAAGAGGAGGACAGGAAAGAGAAGGAAGAAAAGGAGAAGGAAAAGACUGAGGGAGAAAAGGAGAAGGAGAAGCAGAAGAGGAGGAAGAAGGAAGAAGAAAAGCAGGGAGAUGGGGAGGAGGACAGGAGCAGCAGCAGCUCUGACAGUGACUCAGAGGAGGACCAAGGCAUUGCCAAGGAUGAUGAGAAGGAGGACAAGGAUUAGUCUUGCAGAGCUGGAGCAGCAUUGCACGCCCUGGCCAUGCUGAGGAGGUGGAGAUGGAAAUGGCAAAUUGAGCUGGAGAGCGACUGGGCCACUGUUAGCCAAA